AUGCAAAAGGACUCGCCCCAGCAUCGAUUCGCCCGGCACGAUUCGGCCGCCCUGGAAAGCGCAAUAAAGGCUAUUGAUCGAGCAGUAGGGCUCAUACCGUCGAUCAUUGAUGAAAAAGACUGUACAGCUUUGGUCACUUUCGUAGACAUGCGCUGUAGAUCUGCAGUAUCACAACUGAGUUUAUCUCAAGAACCUAAUUACUGGCACGUUCGGGAAGCUCCUAUGCCCAGCGAUCUCAUCUGGGAGAACAUGACGGUUUCACGCCACGUCACACAAACCAGGGGGAAAGUAGUCUUCGCGCUACUGCUGGUGUGGGGGCUCUUCUAUACGGUGCCUAUCGCUGCCAUUCAAGAACUAGCUUCCACGCUUACGCUCAGCACUGAAACCAACGACGAUCCAGCUUUGUUCAGCCGAGACUGGUGGAUUCAACUGGUGCAUCUUUAUGAACGCUACAAGCUGAGAAGUGAAGUCACGAUGCAUGUCGCUCGACGAUUUUUCGUAUUCCAAAUGCUCACAGUUUACGUCAUCGUGCUGGGGGAGCUGUGGUUGAAUAUAGGAGAUAUAUGGGAGAAGUACUCAGCGGCUGAUACUACGGUGUGUUUGCUGAAGGCGAUUGGGAAGGACAUUCCAAAUGUGGCCGUAUACUUCAUCACCGUUGUUUGUGCCAAGAUCGUCACUAACGUUGGAAUGGCCACGUUCCACCCUUAUGAACUGUGCUAUCUCCUUAUUGGGUAUUUCCGUAUGGAACCUCAACAGCGCAAGUACUGGAUAGAGGACGGCCGGCCGAUCGAAAAUCUGCAUCCGAAUAACGAGGAAAAGAAGGAAGUCGCAGCAGCAGCAGCAGCAGCGGGAAGCGUUGCCGGUGCGAUCUUCUUCCUCUUCGCGUGGGUGGCCUUCACCUACCAGUUUGCGCAUAUGCAUACUCACGCCUACGAGACGGGUGGGUUGAUCUGGAAGCAUCACUUUAUGUGUAUUUGCGUGUCGUUGGCGCUGAGCCAUAUAGUCCUCAUCGGCGUGUUGAUCGCCAAGUUCGACGUUCAUGAUAUGGUAGUCCACGCGCAGUUCCUGGCAGUAUCAGUGCUGCCAGUCUUCAUGAAUGAUUAUCAGUUCUUUUACUACCGUAAUUGCGUCUCAACGUAUACACGAUGUACUGAGUACGUAUCGUUGAGUGUUGCUGCUGGCCUUGACGGCUCUGACAAGAGCAGGGCGGCAAUAGGCCAGGUCGAUCCAGCGAUUGCCGCUGGCUUUUCCCCUGAGCUCUACGUCCAUCCCCUUAUCCAGAAUCGUACCCCUAUAUAUGAUAUACGAGGACCGAUACCACAACAAGUCAUUGAAACCAACAAGCUGGCAGUGAACGUGGUGUCGUCUAUAGCGAGCUUAUCCUCGUCGUGUGAGGUUACAGAUGAAGUGAUUUCUGUUGGGCAUUCCCAGGCUGAGGGUACUCACGACAAUUUUGAUGAUGAAAUUGAGAGCGUUUAA